AUGGCAGCAAGUCCUCUGCUCUACUUAGCAUUGCUGAAAGCAACCUCGAGAGGUGAUUGGGAAACUGCAGAGAGGAUUUUCAACGGCGAUCCUUCAGCACGAACAGCUAGAAUCAACGCUCAGCAAGACACUCCUCUACAUGUUGCAGUGUUCAAUGACAGCCCCCAGUAUCUGGGUUUCGUGCGAAGAUUGGUGGAAGAUGUAGUACCGGAAGAUGCACUGGGACUGACGAAUGCACUUGGUGACUCUGCCCUGCACAGUGCAGCCAUAGUCGGGAACACCGGGGCCGCAAAGCUUUUAGCCUCAAAGGCACCAAGAUUGCUGCAGCUACGGAAUGAUAGAUUGGACGACCUCCCAAUUCAUUCCGCGGCCAGGUACUGCCAAGCGGACAUCGUCCGUUACCUGUUAUCAGUUAUGGCCAAUGACACUUCAUUUAGCGGCCAAGAUGGUGUCAAACUCGUUAAUCUCCUCAUAUAUAGUGAUCUCUAUGGACUUGCUGUUGAUGCGCUGAGGAUGUUCCCUAGGUUUGCUAGGGAGCAAGAAUUGCAUCGUGGUCAUGGCGAAACUGCUAUACUCGCAUUGGCGGGAAGGUCCCAAGCUUUUCUUAGUCGGCAGAAUAUGAUUGGACCUGCUGGUCUGGUAGGUUCUUUGCUGCAUCAAAUGAGGCGAACGUUUUACUAUAAUGUUUACCUCCUACCUGUUACUGGAAGUAGUCUCUUGAGUAGUGACGGAGAUGACGCUAUGGAGCUGCUGACAUUGUUGAUCUCUGAAGCCUUGAAGGCAGGCACAGCAGCUGAAGUUGAGAGCCUACUGAAGCCUCCGAUGCUGCUUGCUGCUGAAUCCGGGGUUUACGAGGUGGUGAUAGAGAUUAUCAAGGCGUAUCCGGUUUCAACCUGUUUUGUGGACUCGCACGGCCGUACAGUCUUCCACCUGGGGGUACUUUAUCGUCGGGCGAAGGUCUUCAACAUCUUCUAUCAAUUGACCACAGCGAGCAAAAACUUGGUUGCAGCCUUGGUUGACGAUCGUGGCAAUAACUUACUGCACUUGGCUGGGAUGUAUGGGGAAGACCAGGUUGCCGAGCAUGAUCUCGGAGUCUACCGUGAACUACAAUGGUUCUAUGAAGUAGCAAAGGUGGUCCCGCGAUCAUAUCGAGAAAUGAUCAAUGACGACCGGAUGACCCCGGUAGAGCUUUUCGACGACCAGCAGCGUCAGCGAAUGGAGAAGGGACAAAGACGGAUGCAGGACACGGCUGGAUCGUUUUCGUUUGUGGCUGCACUUGUGGUGACAGUAUCUUUCGCGGCGGUGUUCACCCUCCCUGGAGGAGCGAACGACAAUGGGAUCCCGCAUUACAUCAACAAGCCGUCUUUCAUGGUGUUCACGGUGGCGAACGCUCUGGCAUUCUUCUCUUCGUCCACUUCGCUGGUCAUGGUGCUGUCUUUCAUGUCCUCCAAGUAUUCGGCCCAUCAUUAUCCGAGCUCGGUCAUGGAGAGCUGCCUUUUGACUCUCGCCUUAUCAAUAGCGGCCAUGUUGGUUGCCUUCGCUGCAUCGCUGCACAUUGUUCUCUACCAGAAGGUGAGCUGGAUUAUGGCUCCGAUUGGGGUUGUGGCCUUCGUGCCUGCAAGUAUGAUUUUGUUUUGGUUGGUUCCUCCACUAAUAAGCGGGCUCAUCUCAGCAUACGGACCUAACGUCCUUGGGACACGGCAUAGUGAUGAAGUUAUUGCAUGA